GUGCCGCGGGAGGCGGGCCGGUGCGGGGGGCGGGCGCUGCCCGCGCGUCUCGCAGCCGGCGGGCGAUGCGCUUCCUCCGCUGAGCGCAGCGCGGCCGAGCCCGAGCCGGCAGGAUGACGGUGGAGUUCGAGGAGUGCAUCAAGGACUCGCCCCGGUUCCGGGCAACCAUCGAUGAGGUGGAGACGGAUGUGGUGGAGAUCGAGGCCAAGCUGGACAAGCUGGUGAAGCUGUGCAGUGGCAUGCUGGAGGCGGGCAAGGUGUACAUCACCACCAACAAACACUUCGUCAGCGGCGUGCGGGACCUGUCCCAGCAGUGCAGGAAGGACGAGAUGAUCUCGGAGUGCCUGGAUAAAUUUGGGGACAGCCUGCAGGAAAUGAUCAAUUAUCACAUGAUCCUGUUUGACCAGGCCCAGAGGUCGGUCCGGCAGCAGUUGCACAAUUUUGUCAAAGACGACGUGAGGAAGUUCAAGGAGACCAAGAAGCAGUUCGACAAGGUGCGGGAGGACAUGGAGAUCUCGCUGGUGAAGAACGCGCAGGCGCCGCGGCACAAGCCGCACGAGGUGGAGGAGGCCACGGGCACCCUGAGCAUCACCAGGAAAUGCUUCAGGCACCUGGCCCUGGACUACGUGCUGCAGAUCAACGUGCUGCAGGCCAAGAAGAAAUUCGAGAUCCUGGACGCGAUGUUGUCCUUCAUGCACGCCCAGUUCACCUUCUUCCAGCAGGGCUACAGCCUCCUGCACGAGCUCGACCCCUACAUGAAGAAAUUGGCCACCGAGCUGGACCAGCUGGUGAUCGACUCAGCCGUGGAGAAGAGGGAGAUGGAGCACAAGCACGCCCUGAUCCAGCAGAGGACCCUCCUGCAGGACUUCUCCUACGACGACUCCAAGGUGGAGUUCAACGUGGAUGCCCCCAACGGGGUGGUGAUGGAAGGUUACCUCUUCAAGAGAGCCAGCAACGCCUUCAAAACCUGGAACAGGAGGUGGUUUUCCAUCCAGAACAGCCAGCUGGUCUACCAGAAGAAGCUAAAGGACGUGCUGACCGUGGUGGUGGAGGACCUGAGGCUCUGCACGGUCAAACCCUGCGAGGACAUCGAGAGGAGGUUCUGCUUCGAGGUCGUCUCCCCCACCAAGAGCUGCAUGCUGCAGGCUGACUCGGAGAAGCUGCGCCAGGCCUGGAUCCAGGCUGUGCAAGCCAGCAUCGCCUCCGCCUACCGCGAGAGCCCCGACUGCUACUACCUCGAGAGGCUGGACAGAACAGCCUCCCCCUCCACCAGCAGCAUCGACUCGGCCACGGAUUCGCGGGAGCGCAGCGGGAAGGGGGAGACGAUCCUGCAGAGGGUGCAGAGCAUCCCUGGGAACGAGCAGUGCUGCGACUGCGGGCAGGCAGACCCCCGCUGGGCCAGCAUCAACCUGGGCAUCCUGCUGUGCAUCGAGUGCUCCGGCAUCCACAGGAGCCUGGGUGUUCACUGCUCCAAGGUCCGAUCCCUCACGCUGGACUCCUGGGAGCCAGAGCUGCUGAAACUGAUGUGUGAGCUGGGCAACAGCACCAUGAACCAGAUUUACGAGGCGCAGUGUGAGGAGCUGGGGCUGAAGAAACCAACAGCAGGGAGUUCCAGGCAGGACAAGGAGGCUUGGAUCAAGGAGAAGUACGUGGAGAAGAAGUUCCUGAAGAAGCUGCCGGGCGGGGAGGCGCUGGCCGAGGGCGAGCGCAAGCCGCGCCGCUGGUGCGUCAAGAAGUGCCAGAGGCACAGCAGCGGCUGCAGGGCGCCCACGGCGCGCAGGAAAUACCGCCAGGAGCCCGGCGGCGCCUGCCCCGCCAUGCUGGCCUCAG